GAUUUCUUUACCGUUAACUUAUAUCUGAUACAUCCAUCAUGUCUGAAUCCAAGUUCGAGAAAGCUGUCAAGUAUGUUCAGGGUCUCCCGAAGGAUGGUCCCGUCAAAGUGUCUCAAGAUGAUCAACUUGAUUUUUACAAGUACUACAAACAAGCUACUAUCGGAGACGUGAACACCGCUAGGCCUGGGUUGUUGGAUUUCGUUGGCAAAGCUAAGUGGGAUGCGUGGAACACUGUAAAGGGCACAACCAAAGAGGAUGCCGAGGCUAAGUAUGUUGCCAAACUCGUGGAGAUUCUCAAGAAAUACCCUGAUAACGAAGAGAACAAGGCAUUUAUUGCAGAGCUCGAAGCUUAGCUUGAGACCCUGUAGCUGGUAACGGUGUAUGACAAAGCAUGUAAUAUAUACCUCGCGAUGACGACGGAGAAACAAUCCUGUGUUCAGAUCCUCGACCAAAACCGUGUGUUACGAUCU